AUGAAAAACAGACAGCUAGACAUUUUACGAAAACAUUUAAGUGAAAUACACGAGAAAAUCUCAAAGAUCAAGGAAGCAAUCAAUUCAGUUGAUACUGCUCUAGAUUCUACGCACAUUUCAAAUCUGCUUAAAGUCCCUUCCACAGUUGAUGAGUAUAGACAACUUCCUAAAAAAAUAAUAGUUUCAUUACCCAAUUUUUCUCCGAAGAAAUUACUGGCAGAUCAACUUUGUAGUCUGACACCAAUGUCCUUAAAAUCAGAUGAACGUGGCUAUUGCAUGAACAAAACACAAAAAUCAGCAAUAGCUGGGUCCUUUCAAGUCAAACAUCUGCUUGAUAAACCAGAGACUGUCAUCACUUUGAACACUGGUUAUGAAUAUCUUAUCAAUGUGGCCUGUCUGGGUGAUGGAGAAAUCUGGACAAGUGGAGAAGAACCCACCAUGAAACUCUUUAACAUCAAUCAAGGAUCACUACUCAAAUCAAUCACAAUCAAAACAGGAAACAUACCAGAUGACAUAGCAAUGGGAAAUUGUGGAGAAGUUAUUUAUACUAAUCACAAUGAUCGAUCUGUAAAAAUGGUGAAGAAUGAAACGACAAAAGAGAUGAUCAGACUACAGCACUGGAGACCUCGUAGUGUCUGUAGCACUUCUUGCGGUGAUAUCAUGGUUGUCAUGGACACAGAUGAUUGGAAACAAUCAAAAGUUGUCCGUUACUCUGGCUCGAAAGAAAAAGGAACCAUUCAGUUUGAUGAUAAAGGUAACCCUCACUAUUCAUCUGGUUUUUGUUACAGAUGCAUUACUGAGAACAGAAACCUGGAUAUAUGUGUUACUGAUAGUAAAUCUAGAGCAGUAGUGGUGGUCAGUAAGUCUGGAAAACUGAGGUUCAGGUACACUGGACAUACUCGUGCUCCAAAGAUCAUACCAUUCAAUCAUCACAGACAGUCAGGGUAA